UAAAGAACGCAUCCAGGUCACUGGGUUCUAAAUAAAACCACUAAAACACGUUUUGGAUAGGGGCGGCGUAGACCGAGAGAAAAAUGGACAAACAGAAAUGCCUAGACCUGGCGGCGUACUCGGCCAUCAGCUGUAGCGCCUACUUCGCCGGGGCCUCGCUCUACAUUAACUGGGUCCAGGUACCCACCAUGUUCGCCUCGGCCCCCGACACAAGGACCCUGUUACGAGAAUGGACGGAGACCUACACUCGCGCGCGACUGAUCCAGGGAAAGUUCGCCGUUUUGAGCGUGGCUUCCGGUCUAGCAGUCUACUUCCUGUCUGAGAAGGGAGAGUACCGCUGCCUGUGGUUAGCUGGUGCCCUGUCCAUGCUGUCCGCCCUCCCCUGGACCAGAUUUAUCAUGAUGCCUGAUAUCAACCAACUCAAGGAAAAGGAUAUACUUGAAAGGAAAGGUGAGACUUGGGUGAGGGAGAAAAUCGCUCUUUGGAACCGGCGACAUGCUUUCAGAACAAUUACAUCGGGUUUGGCCUUCAACUUCAUGAUGGCAGCAGUCUACUUGGACAGAAUGUGAUCAAAUUUUGUGACGUAUGAAUCUACAAUCGUGCCAUAUACAUGUAUUCCAAACUCCAAACUCUAUGUGUGAAGAUGUAUUUACAUUUGGAACAAUGAACAUAUCAAACAUGUUUUGUGUCGUGUAUUUGUAAUCCAGUUCGCAAAUUGAAUUGAAUUUCCAUAUCAUUUUAAGAAUAAUUUACAAUAAAAACAGGGUAAAAUGUUUUUUUAUGUUCCAUCAUGUAAAAUUAUUAUUUUUAAUAAAAUUAAUUUCUUUGAACUUGUAA